AUGGUCGAAAUCAACGAGCCUGUUCUCCCCCGACGUCUUGACCACCAAGCCUUGUACAACAAUGGCGUCAGUCGCAUCGAAUACAAGUCCGGACGCUGGGUGCAUAUCGCUAGCCCCGGUGGUCCACGUACUGGCCGCGCCCCGGACCGCACCACCCUGGUGGUCGCCAUCAGCGGCGACUGCUUGAGAAACCAUGCGACCGGCCGCGCGUCGGUGGGUGUCUUUUGGGGAUAUGGCAAUCCGAACAACGUCUCGACUGCAUUAGACUCGUACCCGGGCCCACGCACCAGAAUUAUGUCCGAGCUCAGCGCCUGUUGUCGGGCCUUGCGUGACGGUCUACGUAUCCGCCAGGAACGUCCCAGCUGCACCUCGGUGCAACGGUUGGUGGUGAAAUCGGACUCGGAGCGAGUGGUGAGUGGGAUCACAGAGUAUAUGCCUCACUGGAUCACAAAUGGGUGGCGGACCAACAAUGGAGGAGAUGUGCCUUAUGCCGGGUUCUACCUUGAGAUCGGAGAGUUGAUCGCGCAGCUUGAGAACGAGGGGACGGCGGUGGAUUUCUGGUUUGUGUCACGGCGACUUAAUCCGGAUGCCCGACGAAUGGCGAGGAACGGCCUUCGUCGCGAUCCUUGA